CACUGGUCUUGGUAUUACUUGGUAUCGGAUCGAGAGAAGUAGUGGUAUCGUUCAUCCUUAGAGAAGAGGUCAAAGGUCACUGAACCCGGAAGAAAAAUAAAGUAAACAAAGGCGGCGGGCUGGGCUGGGUCCUCCUCGCUCCCACCGACAUGUUCUCCGGUUCGCUGCCCGCCAACGGGCUGCUGCUGCCGGCUUUCACCCUGCUCCUCACCCGGGUCUCCUCCUCCUCGGUGUCGGCUCCGGACAUCCCGCACAUCGCCGCUUUCUUCGGGACAAAGACCCGCUACGAGGAGGUGAACCCGCACCUUCUGCGGGACCCCGUGUCCGUGAACGCGUCCGUCCUGAAGCCUCCGCCCACGGAGCGGUGCUCCCCGGUCCACCUGACCGCCGUCAUCAGGCACGGCAGCCGGUACCCGACCGUCAAGAACAUCCGGCGGAUCCAGAGGCUGAGCGAGCUGGUCCGGGGGGAGGCUUCCAGGGGAGGGGGAGCCGAGGAGGGCUGGCUGCGGGACCUCCGGAGCCGAUGGGAGUCAUGGUACACCGAGGACAUGGACGGUCAGCUGGUGAUGAAGGGCAGGGAGGACCUGCGCCUCCUCGCCCAGAGACUGGCCUCCUUGUUCCCGUCGCUGCUGUCUGAGGAGAACCUGAGGAGUGGGAGGAUCAGCUUCAGGACCAGCUCCAAGCAUCGGUGUGUGAGCAGCAUAGAGUCCUUCCAGGAGGGUCUGCAGCAGCACGAGUACAGCCACCAGGUGGACGACCAGCUGAUGCGCUUCUUCGAGCAUUGCUGUGGUUACGUGGAGGGCGUGGAGAAGAACCGGACGGCCAUGUUGGAGGUGGACAAGUUCAAACACGGGGACGAGAUGGACGGAGUGAGGACGAGGAUGGCGGAGACGCUGGGCGUUCCUCGCGACCGCCUCACGCCAGAUCUGGUGGAAGCCGCCUUCUUCCUGUGUUCUUACGAGCUGUCCAUUAAAUCUGUCCACUCGCCGUGGUGCUUCCUGUUUGACGAGAGCGACGCUAAGGUGCUGGAGUACAAGUCGGACCUGAAGCAGUACUGGAAGCGCUCGUACGGUCAUUCAAUCAACGGUCUGUCCAGCUGUCCUCUGUUCCACCACGUCUUCAGGACACUGGACAAAGCUGGACGUCCUCGCAGGUCCACAGAUGCGCCCCCAGAGCCGGCGUCCAUCUUGGUUGGCCACGCUGAGACGCUCCUCCCCCUCCUCUCCCUUCUGGGACUCUACAAGGACAAGACUCCACCCACUGCCAGUAACUACCACUCCCAGCACGUCUCUUCAGUUCCUGCUGCUGUCAGGACUCCUCUUCGUCCUGAUUCCACUGGUGACCAGUGACUUAAGACUCUUCCUCCUUCGGGGAGCUAAUACAGCAGCUGUGAGUUCAAGCCUUGGAAUUGUGGUUUGUUUCAUGGGAGCAACUCUGGACUUUCCAACCAUGAAAGCAAUGCUUACUUCAUCAGAGAUGCCUUUCGACCUUAGGUAAAAAAACAGCACCAUAUCCAUACUCACUAGCAUCUGAGAAGUGAUGCAGCUGUGCAUUGUUUACCUUUCCAAAGAGUCUGCACACCAGUGCAAUCCAAGAGCUCUUUCAGCAGGUAAGCUGUCUUUAUCCAAAUUUAGUUCUUUGAAUGCUUUGGAACGAUCUCCCUCAGGGAUGCUUAACUGCUCGACUAUUGCUCAUCCACUUUGAGAGUUGAAAGCCUCAUUUGGCACAUGCAGCAGAGAGAUCUCGUACCAUUUACAAAGCUUCCUGUUCUGAGGACACAGACUUUAAACAAUCAUCCACGUAAAGGUUUUGCUUGAUUGUCUGUAACACUUUGCCACUGUAAUGCCCUAACGCUGGAUCCUGCCCCUGUGCCUCCUGGCUGCCCACCAACAGAGAGCUUGUCUUUGCCUUGGUUUGUCUCCAGCUGUUAGCCCUGUUAGCUCAAGUGUCAGCAGAAUCCCCAACUAACCUGUGCUUGUGCAUCAGUGAAAUCGGUUGUUUCUGCUGCCUGUCACUACUGGAUCAACUGGUGACGCUAACUAUGCUAACUUUACUUGGACAAACUGAGAGACGUCAGGAGUGCAGAGUGCUGCAGAUGCAUUGCUGGGUUUGAAUUAAUAAUCGGAUGAAUCAAUUAACUGAUUAAUUAAAUGAUCUUAACAGCAUCAGUGGUUUGACUUGAAUUCUUUUAAUUUCUUGUCACUCACCUCAGUGUCCACUGGUUAUUUUGUAAAGGUGUUGUCUCUGGAAAUAAAUCACCGUGUCAUUGGUUUUACUCUGCAGUAGCAUUUGAUCAAAACAAACUUUAUUUAUAAAGCACUUUUCAUACGGAUUAAACACAAAGUGCUUCAAAUGGAGUAAAAACAAAAAACAGAAACAAAAUCAAGAAGUUCCACUUUUAUUGUAAGAUUGUUCACAUAAUAUUUCAUAGUGAACAGUUAACUUUGAUUUUCUCCAUCUCUCUGUGUAGUUUCUUUUAAUUUGAUGUCAUGAAUCUAUGAAAGAAAAGAAACCUCUCUGUCCUACAUUUGGGUUUAAAGCAUUUAUUAAAUUUCGAUAAAAAACAUUUGAACAGGA